GUGCGAGUGUGCGCGGGGGCGCGCGCGCGCGAGAGUCCGGGAGGAGGCUCCGGAGCGAGUCGGUCCUCGCGGCUCAGCCCGCUGCCCCGCGCCCCAUGUGAGCGAACCGGGGAGCCAGCGGCGCAGGGGAGGGCGAGGCAUGUGCACGGGCCGGGGGGUGCUGCCGCCGCCCGAGGAAGAGGAGGACGGCGGCGGCGAGGAGAGCGGGGGGCUCGCGGCGGCGGGCUCGGGCCGAGGGGAUGCAGCGGACUGUGUGUGUCCGGCAGUAGCUGACGCGAGGCGGCGAGGAGGCGCUGGAGAUCUGCGAGAAGGGCGACCGGGCGGCGGCGGCGGCGGCGGCCGCGAGAAGUAGCAGCAGGACGGGCGGCGGCGGCGGAGACGGCAGCCCUGAAAUGCAUUUUCUUCUCCAGCGGCCAUGUUAACCAGGAAACCUUUGGCCGCCGCUCCCGCCGCCUACCCGAGCGGCCGAGGAGGGGACAGCGCCGUUCGUCAGCUUCAGGCCUCCCCGGGGCUCGGAACGGGCCCACCCCGGAGCGGAGUGGGGACCGGCCCGCCCUCCCCCAUCGCCCUGCCGCCCCUCCGGGCCAGCAACGCUGCCGCCGCAGCCCACACGAUUGGUGGCAGUAAGCACACGAUGAAUGAUCACCUCCAUGUCGGCAGCCAUGGCCACGGACAGAUCCAGGUGCAGCAGCUGUUUGAGGAUAACAGUAACAAGCGGACAGUGCUCACGACACAACCUAAUGGGCUUACAACAGUGGGCAAAACGGGGUUGCCGGUGGUGCCAGAGCGGCAGCUGGACAGCAUCCAUCGGCGGCAGGGGAGCUCCACCUCUCUGAAGUCUAUGGAAGGCAUGGGGAAGGUGAAGGCCACCCCCAUGACGCCUGAACAAGCAAUGAAGCAAUACAUGCAAAAACUGACCACCUUUGAACACCACGAGAUUUUCAGCUACCCUGAAAUAUACUUCUUGGGUCCAAAUGCAAAGAAGCGCCAGGGCAUGACAGGUGGGCCCAACAACGGUGGCUAUGAUGAUGACCAGGGAUCAUAUGUGCAAGUGCCCCAUGAUCAUGUGGCUUACAGGUACGAGGUCCUCAAGGUCAUUGGGAAGGGAAGCUUUGGGCAGGUGGUCAAGGCCUAUGAUCACAAAGUCCACCAGCACGUGGCCCUGAAGAUGGUGCGGAACGAGAAGCGCUUCCACCGGCAGGCAGCGGAGGAGAUCCGGAUCCUGGAACACUUGCGGAAGCAGGACAAGGACAACACCAUGAACGUCAUCCACAUGCUGGAGAAUUUCACCUUCCGCAACCACAUCUGCAUGACGUUCGAGCUGCUGAGCAUGAACCUCUAUGAGCUCAUCAAGAAGAAUAAGUUCCAGGGCUUCAGCCUGCCUUUGGUUCGAAAGUUUGCCCACUCCAUUCUGCAGUGCUUGGAUGCUUUGCACAAAAACAGAAUAAUUCACUGUGACCUUAAGCCCGAGAACAUUUUACUAAAGCAGCAGGGUAGAAGUGGUAUCAAAGUGAUCGAUUUUGGCUCCAGUUGUUACGAGCAUCAGCGUGUCUACACGUACAUCCAGUCCCGUUUUUACCGGGCUCCGGAAGUGAUCCUUGGCGCCAGGUACGGCAUGCCCAUCGAUAUGUGGAGCCUGGGCUGCAUUUUAGCAGAGCUCCUGACCGGGUACCCCCUCUUGCCUGGGGAAGACGAAGGGGACCAGCUGGCCUGUAUGAUUGAGCUGUUGGGCAUGCCCUCCCAGAAACUGCUGGAUGCGUCUAAACGAGCCAAAAAUUUCGUGAGCUCCAAGGGUUAUCCCCGGUACUGCACUGUCACGACUCUCUCAGACGGCUCUGUGGUUCUCAACGGAGGCCGUUCCCGGAGAGGAAAACUGAGGGGCCCACCAGAGAGCAGAGAGUGGGGGAAUGCACUGAAGGGGUGUGAUGAUCCCCUUUUCCUUGACUUCUUGAAACAGUGUUUAGAAUGGGAUCCUGUGGUCCGCAUGACCCCUGGCCAGGCUUUGCGGCACCCCUGGCUGAGGAGGCGGUUGCCAAAGCCUCCGGUGGGGGAGAAGACGGCGGUGAAGAGGAUAACCGAGGGCUCUGGUGCUAUCACUUCCAUUUCCAAGUUACCUCCACCUUCCAGCUCCGCUUCCAAACUGAGGACUAAUUUGGCACAGAUGACAGAUGCCAAUGGGAAUAUUCAGCAGCGGACAGUCUUGCCAAAACUUGUUAGCUGAGCUGAGUCCCCCGAUGCUGGUAAUCUGAAAGAUACAAUGUUGCUGAGCCUUAUUGGGUUGAAAAGGAGUAGCUCAGACCUGUUUUUAUUUGCUCAAUAACUCGACUCAUUUGUAUCUCUUCAGCACUUAUUUUAAUGUAAGAAAGUUGUUUUGUUUUUAUAAAAUACAUGGGGACAAUG